GCCUCGCCUUCUCCUCUUCCUACUACCGGAAUUACCGAAACCCUCGACGUUAAAAAAUAGGUCAGGGCGUAGCCACGGGAGUCGCUGGGGGAAGGAAUCGACAGUGCCCGCGGCUUGCUAAUGAGAAGUGCAGUUGAUGAGACAAGCGGCGACGGAGAAUAAGAUAAGGAAUAGAGAAGCCUGCUGCUGUGAUGACCUCUUCUUCUCCCUUUCUCUAAAACUGGGAAUAAGAUCGAGAAGAGAGAGGACUGCUGCUCGACAAACAGCUACGAAGCGGAAGAAAAAGUUUUUGAUUCCACAAAAUACCAUCCUUGUUCUGUAAUGGACGGCGGCGGCGAUAGCCUUGACGUAGAGAAGAAGGGGAAGAAACACAAGGGAAAGCAUGACAAGCCGAAGCCUUGGGAUGAGGACCCUAAUAUCGAUCACUGGAAGGUUGAGAAGUUCGAUCCAUCGUGGAACGAGACUGGGAUGCUUGAAGUUAGCUCCUUUUCCACCCUCUUCCCACAGUACAGAGAGAAAUACUUGCAAGAAGCAUGGCCCAUUGUUAAACGUGCAUUGAAAGAGCAUGGUAUUGCAUGCGAGCUCAAUUUGGUUGAGGGAUCCAUGACUGUAUCAACAACUCGGAAGACUAGGGAUCCAUACAUCAUUGUCAAAGCUAGGGAUCUUCUUAAGCUUUUAUCACGAAGUGUUCCUGCACCUCAGGCAAUAAAGAUAUUGAAUGAUGAAAUGAACUGUGACAUCAUAAAGAUUGGAAACCUUGUAAGAAACAAGGAACGUUUUGUCAGACGGCGGGAACGCCUGCUAGGCCCUAACCUGUCCACACUAAAGGCCAUUGAGAUUUUGACCGGGUGCUAUGUUUUAGUCCAGGGGAAUACAGUUGCAGCUAUGGGUUCAUUCAAGGGUCUCAAACAGGUCAGGAGGAUUGUAGAAGAUUGCAUUCAGAAUGCUCAACAUCCUGUUUACCACAUCAAGACUCUUUUGAUGAAGCGUGAACUUGCCAAAAAUCCAGCCCUUGCCAAUGAGAAUUGGGAUAGGUUUCUCCCGAAGUUCAAGAAGAAGAAUGUUAAGCAAAGAAAAGUCAAGAGCAAGGAGAAGAAACCUUAUACUCCUUUCCCUCCUCCCCAACAACCAAGCAAGAUUGACCUACAACUUGAGAGUGGUGAGUAUUUCUUGAGCGACAAAAAGAAAUCAGACAAAAAGUGGCAAGAGAAACUGGAGAAGCAGGCGGAGAAGACGGCUGAAAACAGGAGAAAAAGAGCAGCAGCAUUUGUACCCCCUAAGGAAAUCACCAGUAAUUAUAUGAAGUCUGAUAAUGAGACGCAUGAUGCGGCUUCUAUAGCCAAGUCUUUAAAGGAAAAGGCUAAGGAAUUUAAGAACCACGAAAAACAUGACAAUAUCAACGUUGAAUCGUACAUUCACAAUGCUGAAAAUCGACCUGCAAAGAAGCCCAAGUCUUCCAAACCUAUUUAAGAUGGAUCAAAAAUAGUCCAAAGUAGCGUUGGAAAGUAAACCAAAAUAAAAAAAAACUGCUUUAUAGAAUUCCCAAAAAUUGUUCAGGGCUUUAUUUAUGCAUUUAGGAAUGUAUUGUCAGUUCUUAUCGCACCAUUAUUGAGCUAUAUAUUGAGACAUAGGUCUGCUUGCUCUGC